AUGCACACACUUUCACUUGGGCUGACCAACGCACACGCUGCAAAUCACACUGCACAAUCAAAGCACAUGUCACUGGAUGGUCUGACAAACCAGGAAUCAAUCCAACUACACAAUAUAAUGUACCGGGAAUCAGUACAGCAUCCAACUACACAGUAUAAUGUACCGGGAAUCCGUACAGCAUCCAACUACACAAUAAAAUGUACCGGGAAUCAGUACAGCAUCCAACUACACAAUAUAAUGUACCGGGAAUCAGUACAGCAUCCAACUACACAGUAUAAUGUACCGGGAAUCAGUACAGCAUCCAACUACACAGUAUAA